GCAGUUAGUGGGGCAGCCGGCACGGAGGGAAUGCUCUGGCACCGCAGGAAGCCUAUGGGAAGGGGACGCAACAGGAAUGGAAAGCUCUAGGAAAGAAGAGCUUCGGGGGAAUGGAAGGCUCUGGCAAAGGGAAUGCUUCGGGACUAAAAGGCUCUGGGAAGGAAAGGCUACCGAACUGGAAGGGAUAAAUGAAUGGCUAAAGGCUCCGAUAACCCCCAGGACUGUACAGAGAGGCUCCCGUGUGGCAGCCUACAAGGAAAAGAUGAAGGAGCUGUCCAUGCUGUCUCUGAUCUGUUCUUGUUUUUACCCUGAGCCCCGCAAUAUCAGCGCAUAUACAUAUGAUGACAUGGAAGUCAAGCAGAUUAACAAGCGCGCGUCUGGCCAGGCUUUCGAACUGAUAUUGAAGCCGCCAUCUCCAGUCUCUGAAGCGCCCCGAACCCUGGCCUCUCCCAAGAAGAAGGACGUUUCUCUAGAAGAGAUUCAGGCCAAGCUGGAAGCAGCAGAGGACAGACGAAAGUCUCAGGAAGCCCAAGUCCUGAAGCAACUUGCAGACAAGCGGGAGCACGAGAGAGAAGUGCUCCAGAAGGCCCUGGAAGAGAAUAACAACUUCAGCAGGCUGGCAGAGGAGAAACUUAUACUAAAAAUGGAACAGAUAAAAGAAAACCGUGAAUACUACUUAGCUACCCUCAUGGAACGUCUCAAGGAGAAGGAGAGGCAUGCCGUCGAAGUGCGCAGAAACAAGGAACAACUAGAACUUUCCGGCUGAAAAAACAUACCAUCAUUAGUAACUUCCUUGCCUAUAUAAUUACGGAUCAUGCGAUAUCAGUAUGGAAAACAAUGUAUGACAUCAAAAAAACAAAAAAAGAAACAAAAAAAAGUACAAGAACUCAAAAAAUUAAAAAAAAAACAAAAAUAAAAAAUUGCGGUCUCUUUGCAGAAUGAUUUGCUUGAUGUUUAACAAAAAAAAUUUGGGUCUUUUUUUGUAAAUAUUUACAUUUUUGUUAAAAAAUACAAGUAUUGCAUUAUGCAAGUUAUUUCAUAAUCUUACAUGUCCUGUAACAGGCUUUUGGUGUUGUCUAUUAACUCUUCGAUGAAUUUGCCGAAUCUUUCCAAGAUGCCCAUGUCUAAUCUCAUUCCCUGCCGCCUCCUUUUUUUUUGCAUUCAGAACAUACAAAGCCAGAUGGAAUGAAUAGGAGGGAUGCCAGCCAUUAACUCGCCAUAAUAACUAUUUUGUAAGCUUCACACUUUGUUAAACACAUCUUUAUAUCUGAAUUACUGCAGUUACUCGUUGGUGUCCGCAGAAAAAAAAAAAAUAAUCUAGUGUCACAAAAACUGAUUUGUCCUAGUUUGUCGGGACUCUGAAGCAGGUAUAGCCAAGCUAUGGAACUCUAGGCAGCUGUCUAUCCUGGCUCUAGAGCUUUCCAAGUGUGGGUUAAUAUGUUGUUAUUAUUAUUAUUACACUGGAUACCGAAUGCAGAAUCUGUCUUACAAACAUAGUGGCUUUAGAUUUGCAUCAAUGGCUACUAAAACCAUUUUACCUCUUAAUAACUCUGGAAACAACAUUGAGUUUCCUGUUAAUGUGCUAUAGAGAUUGUGUGUAGGCUUAAUAAUAGAGUUUGCAAGAGAACGGUUGAGUCAUGAAAGGUUCGACAUCCACGUCCGAGCAAAAGUCUUUAACUCUUCUUCAGCAAAAAAAAAAAUCCAAAUCAGUAAAUCUACAGGGAUUAUUAGACAGGGUGCACGUGCCAAGUACGGAAUUCCUUAUCAAAGUCACCAAGACGUAAACUUAGUUCCAGUUUUGAAGUUGUUCCUAACCUAUGGAAGUUUCUGCCUGCAUAUUCUACUCUUCAUUAGUGCUAUUUCCUGUAUGUCAUUGUGAGCAAGCUGUGAUAAAUAAAGAAUCGGGGUUCUGUGAACUGAUAAA